GACGUUCCAAACAUCCUUAUCCUGUCACCUCCGCUCCACGACCGCCCCAGCCUCCAGGUCCUAGCUCCGGCCUCCGCCGCCGCCUCUCACCUCCGCUCCCCUUCCCUUCCCACAUGGCGAAGGCCGACGCCCGUACCCGAGGCCGGGCCGCCUCUCACGUCCCCACUCCCACAUGGGCGCAGCGCACUGAGGCCCUGACCCACGUCCUGACCCACCCGUCCCACGCGCCGUCGCUCCAGUCGCAGCUCUUCCUCGCCUCCCGCGUCCCGUGCCCGCCGCGGGGCCUCGGCUCCACCACGUCGUACCCGCCGUUCCUCUGCCCCGGCGCCUCGCUCCUCCGCUGGGCUCUCGCCUCCGUGUUCCUCCCGCGCGCGGCGAGCCUCUGCCUCCCGCCCUCGUCCUGGCGGUCCCGGUGCCCCUUCCAGCUCCCGCCGCCGGUCGUGCCCUCCGCGGCCAUCGAGCCGGCGCCCGAGCGGUGGGCCGACUCCGAGCUCAGGGCCUACGCGCGCCGGCGGCGGGAGCGGAGGGGCCCGCUGACGGUGCGGCCGCCGGUGGCCGUGGUGGGAGUGGUGCUCACCACCGUGCCCAACGUCGUGAUCGUCGUGGCCUUCGUGAAGGAGUACUUCUGGGGCAGGACCAGCCGUAUCUGAGGCGUGGUGUCUGAUGCUUGUUUUGCUCUUGAUGUAAAAAAAAGAAGCAGUAACCCCAGUGUAAUCGGUGCUGACUAAGACAGCUUCUUGAGCUUUCCCUUCUAUUAAAAGUUGGGUUUCACCUCCAGAAGCCAUUGUCUGAUGCUUCUUUUGCUCUUGAUG